UGGACAGGCAUUACUUUUAAAAUGUCUUGCCAGAAAAUUGGGAAUUUAAGUCGUGCCCUGUGGCAGAAAAGCCGUAGGACAACGCCUUUAUGCACAGCAUCUAAAAUUCCUGCACUUGCAUGUGGCAGCGUCGCGUCGACUGGGCUAACUCUGAACGGUCCAAAAUGCUGUGAAACAACACAGAAAUGUGGUUCAGAAAGAAAAGUGACUGGCGGAUCACACUUCGGCUCUACCACACCCUCUUCACAUAGACAUCAAGUCGUGGGAAAGGGAAAAAUCGACGAAUCGCUCAAGAAAUCUCAAAGGAAAUUUUCUUCCACGGCUCCACAAGUUGACCCGAAAAAGUACUUAUGGGCAAGAUACAAUGAGAUGAAGCGACUUGUGCAUGAUUUGAUUCCUCCAGGAGUGUGUAAUCUGCUGAACCCAUCCACUAUUUAUGCUAAUAAUGAAGUCAACCUGGAGGAGGUGGACAUCUAUGGUUUUGAUUAUGACUACACCCUUGCUCUUUACUCCAGCGCCCUGGAUGAGAUGAUCUAUAACAAAGCACGCCAGUUCCUCAUCGAACAUUACAAGUAUCCUCAGGGUAUCAGCAAGUAUGACUACAUCCCCAAUUUUGCCACGCGGGGUCUUCAUUAUGAUAUUCAGAAGGGACUCCUGAUGAAAAUAGAUGCAUUUCAUUACAUCCAGUUGGGGACUGUGUAUCGUGGUCUGAAGCCUGUUCCUGAUGAGGAAGUCAUGCACCUCUAUGGUGGAUCCAACCAUGUCCCUCUUCACCAAGUUAGCGGUUUCUAUGGCAAGGGUCCUAAGAUGAAACAAUACAUGGACGUUUUCUCGAUUCCAGAGAUGACCCUCCUUGCUUCUGCUAAUGACUAUUUCAUCUCUAAUGACAUAGAAUAUGACCCUGUGCACCUCUACAAAGAUGUAUCUGACGCCAUAGGCAUGGUUCACAUCAAAGGCUACAUGUACAAAUGGAUAAUGCAAGAUCUAGAGAAAUACAUCCUCAGAGGGGAUGAGACGUAUGCGGUUCUGCAUCGCCUUGCAAGCCAUGGGAAGAAACUCUUCCUCAUCACCAACAGCCCAUUCAGCUUUGUAGACAAAGGCAUGAAGUACAUGGUCGGAAAAGACUGGCGGGAGUUCUUCGACGUCGUCAUCGUUCAGGCCGACAAACCUCACUUUUUCAAUGACUGUGUCAAACCUUUCAGACGUUUGGACAGCAAUGGGGAUCUGCAGUGGGACAAGAUCAAGACUUUGGACAAGGGGCAGAUCUACAAGCAGGGAAACCUUUAUGACUUUCUGAGACUGACUGGUUGGCGAGGCUCCAAAGUGCUCUAUUUUGGGGACCAUCUCUAUAGUGACCUGGCUGACCUGAUGCUGAGACAUGGUUGGAGAACAGGGGCGAUUGUGCCCGAGCUGGAGGUGGAGACCAAGGUGGUGAAUACGGAGCAGUUUGCCCAAAGUUUGACCUGGCUGCAGGCUCUUACAGGCCUGCUGGAGCGCAUGCAGAUGUAUCGAGAUCCAGAAUCGAAAAAAAUCCUUCAGGAAUGGCUGAAGGAGCGAGAGGAGCUCCGAGCCGUCACAAAGAACCUGUUUAACCCUCAGUUUGGAAGCAUUUUCCGCACCUGCCACAACCCCACGUAUUUCUCCCGUCGUUUGUGUCGUUUUUCGGACCUCUACAUGGCAUCAAUAAGCUGUCUACUGAACUAUGACCUCUCGUACACCUUUUACCCCCGCCGCACACCUCUGCAGCAUGAGGCCCCCUUGUGGAUGGACCAGUUGUGCACAGGCUGCAUGAAGACUCCGUUCCUGGAAGAAAUGGCUCACAUCCGCUAAACUCGUGGUGAAAGUCGCACCAUAGCCACUGCAAAUAUUGUAAGCAAACGCACAAGUUAAAACUGGAUUGGUAUGAGGGAGGAGUGACUGGGUUUUGGCAGUGAAGGUAAUGCAGACGUGGCAUUUUGGAUAAGCUUCCCAGAGACUGUACUGCCAUCUGCUGGAGUAUCUGAUACAUUACAGUCUCCAUGUUUACAAUCCACAAACUGAUAAAUGAUGUAUGAUGUUCAUUGCUCAGGGUGUGGAAACUGGAGGUUUGAGAAAUCAAACGAUAAUUGUCCAUUUUGAGUGUUUUCCUAUCACGCACAGCAAAAUAAACAUACAGUAAAA